CAGCGUCCCUCCCAAUGCACGUCCUUCAAGAUCGGCACGUGUUGGCAUCCAAGCUCGCAGAUUGGAGCAUGCAGACCACUCCCUUCGGAAUUCAUGUUUCCAUGACCAGGGUUCACUUCGCGAUGGCACGUUGGUGGUCCUCUACACGUGGGGAUCGAGACUGAAAGGAUGACAUUGCUUAAAUACAACCCCAAAGGGCCCUGGCUUGUCUCAUCCUCGGAGCUUCACUUACCAACCACUUCGUUCCCUGUCGUUGAAGAUCCGUGGCCAUGGCUCUCAAGUCGAUUCUUACCUUGGCACGUAAGUCAUUGUCAUACCUGCAGAGUAAGACGCCUCUGACAAGACAAAGUGCUGCCCGCAGCCCUCGCCAAGAGCUGCUCCAAGAGCAACCUGACCUGGACUGACGGCGCCCUUCGCAUGAACCACAUGCAAGUGGUCGGGACACACAACAGCUAUCAUAUUGAGGCUCCGAAUGAGGAGAAGGAGGUCCAGGCCGAGCUCUUGGAGAAUGCCAUCAACUACUGGUACUCGCACCCACAGCUAGGCAUCCAGCUCGGUGACCAGCAGAUGAGGAACCUCGAGAUUGACGUCCUUGCCGACCCCGAGGGUGGUAACUACGCCAAACCUGCCAUCCGCAGGGAGGCUGGUCUGCCCUACGACUCGGACCCUGUCUGGGACGAGCCCGGCGUCAAAGUCCUGCACGUACCCGACGCGGACGUCCACACCGUCUGCAAGACCCUCAAGUCCUGCCUCGCCAUCAUCCGCGACUGGAUGGACGCCCACCCGCUCGCCGUGCCCAUCCCCAUCAUGAUGGAGUUCAAGACCGCGGACCGCGACCUCGGUGCCAAAGCCAUUCCUUGGGACGGCGAAGGCCUGUUGGAUGGCCUUGACGAGGAGAUUGUAGAGAUUCUCGGUAGGCAGAGGUUGAUCGUGCCGGAUGAUCUGAGGGACGGCAACCUCACGCUCGAGGAAUCGGUGCUGGGCAGGGGAUGGCCAGACUUGGAUAGCGCCAGGGGCAAGAUCUUCUUCUUGAUGGACAAUGGGGAGAGUGAUGUGCGAUCUGCCUACAUUGAGGGCAGACCUAACCUCGAGGGCCGCGUCCUUUUUACCAACUCCCAGCCCGGGGAGUCGAGCUGUGCUUUCCAAAAGCUCAACGAGCCCAACACGGAGCAUGAGAUUGCCAACAUCCAAGAACAAGUCGAAGCCGGCUACUGGGUGCGUACCCGGGCCGACGUACCCAUGGACACGGUCGUGGGACAGAACUGCUCCACUACUCAACGCGAUAAUGCGCUCCGGUCGGGCGCGCACAUCGUCUCGACAGACUUCCCAGUAUAUGGCAUGAGUUCCAGAUGGGGGUGCGAUUACGCCUGUCGUAUCGAUGGCAGGAAGGCAGCGAGGUGCAAUCCUGUGAACGGUCCGAAGGAGUGCGAUGACGAGUUUGGGCUGGAGCCGGAGGACUAUCUCAGGGGCUCGGGUGGUGUUGAUGAACUAAAGUGAGCCUCCAUGUGAAUGAGCCACGAUGUGAACAGAUUAUAAUCACAAUGUUUCAUCGUCGAGGACUGCACUGCCGCGUGACUCCCGGGUAGGCG